GAUAUAUUCUACCGCGCUCCAAAAGACGCACAGAAUUGACGUCCUAGGAAGUUGGCCGCCGCGUCAUGAAACCUAAAUUUACUCUCCUCCUUGGGCUCCCGUUCUGCAAUGGGUUUUCUUCCAGUAGUCCAAGGCUCGGUCGAUCGACGUCGAUAACAACGUUGGCCGACGGAAACAAAGAAUACGAUUUAGUCGGCAUCAAAACAAGUGCAACAUCGAACGCAACGGUAUCGGAAGUAGAGAGAGGAGAUCUCUUUUCCGUGACCCUCGAAAAGGGACGCCCGGAACCAAAAACAUUUCUGGCUACCUGGAAUCGAUUAUGGAUGGAUCCAAGGCCAGUAACGGUCUUGAUCCGAGAGGCUUUGAGCGGUAGCAGCGCAACACCAACAAUGGACGAGGGCAACGAAAAUGCAAUGUUGGACGCGGAUUCCACAAAACCCAAACAAAUUCCUUAUUGCAUUGUUAGCAACGAAUUCGUGAUCCAGAACAAACACCGGUUUCAGAUCUCCCUCUUUCCGAGGGGUCGCCUGGCGGCAGAAGCUUCGUCCACCAUCAAUGCCGACGAUUCCAAGAACGGAAACGCGGCUGCUUAUUUACAGUACAUCCCCAAUCAUCCCGGCGACGAAGUCGACGUUGGAUGGCAGCUCGAGCUGGUCGAUCGAGCCGCCCCGCACCCGGGGAAUGCGCUCGCCAUUUCGACAUCCGGGGGGCUUCCUUUGUCCAACACCACCUGGUCGGCGGCCAUGACGUUUUGCUCCGAACCGGAAGCCCUCGAGAGCUGUGGGCGGGCCGCCGAUUGGGGAUCCUCGGGUUGGAGCUCCGAGAGCGUCUGCAAAGUUUUGGUCGAGGGAAACCUUGAGGCAAGGGGAUCCAUAGUGGUGUAUGGCAGCCGUUCUGGAGAAACCAGCACCCGAUUCGGCGGUGCUCUCGGAGCGGCCCUCGUUUCGACUGCAGAUGCAGGAAAAGCUGGAAAGAGCUGCAACAAGAAAACUGAAAACCAGCAGUCCUUGCACGAGCGUUCUUUCAAGGUUGGAGAGGUGAUUGUUCCCAUGGCCAACCAUCCGCAACAAGAUAAGCUUGAAGACUCUUUUGUGACCGCCGGGACAGACUAUCGCAUAAUGACCAUGGCAUAUAAUGGGAAACCAAUUUUUUCAACCAACGAUGUUCCCCCGAAAGAACGCAAGAAUGUCCGGCUCGCGCUGCGACCCUGUGGAUGGAAAUUGCAGCAACAGCUGUGGAAUCAACAACAACAAAAACAACAGCAGGCGAAGCGAAAACCCAUGAAGACUGGAUCGCGGCCAGAUGCGCUGCCUUUGUGGCCCGUUGAGGUCCCCGCGGGUUGGUUAUCGACCUCGGCCCGAUCGCGAUUCAAUCCCUCGGCCUUUCUCCCAAGGCUGUCCGCAACCUUUCGGCGGGAUUCCAAAUCGGUUCUCUUAGGGGUGGCCUUGGCCCUUCUACCUCUUCCAGGGGCGCUUCUUGGCCGUAAUUAUGUGUCCCUGUAUGCUAUCCCUAGUGCCAGUAUGGAUCCUACACUCAUCAAGGGGGACGUCCUGCUCGUGGAAAAAUUCCCGGGGGUUGAUGGUCGGAUCAAGCGGGGCGAAAUAACGCUAUUUCGACCGCCCUCGGCUCUGGAGCAGAUAGCUGGAAAAGCCAUCAACAACGGUCGCAACGGUGCACCACCCCUCUUUGUCAAACGGGUGGUGGGAUUGCCCGGCGACAAGGACAUUGUCCUGGACAAACAGACCGGCGAGGUCACCCUGAAUGGCGAUCGAGCCGCCGUAGGCCCGGACCGGAGCCUUUGUGCCGACGAACCGCUCCGGCUCAUCGAUAGAUUCUUGGAAAGCGGCAAGGGAGCGGUUUUAGAGGAACUGGGAGAGGACGAGUUUUACGUCCUGGGAGACUGCAAGGCUGUUUCGAUCGAUUCACGUGUCUUUGGGGUCUUGCCCCGCGAAAAAAUAGAGGGACGGACCCUUGGGCGGAUCUGGCCUCUCGACCGAGUGACCUUUCGUCAGCUAUGAAUCGUGUUUCAUCAAAUGCAUUGCACUAUUCUGUAGCAAUAGAAAUUCAUAAAACAC